AUGGUCCACAAUCCUAAGUUUGCAAUAGUGGAGAUCUCUUAUCUAGUGCCUGGACAGUGCGGGCAAAUAACAGGUUCCUGUAUUAACCAGAAAGCACUUAUUGACAAAGUGUUCAACCAUUACGACAGCAGCGUACGGCCAAUAUGUGGCCCUGAUGUCCCUGUUGAAGUUAAAAUUGGAAUCGCUAUCAGACAGGUCAUUGAACUGGAUGAACCCAACCAAAUACUGACUAUCAACGCCUGGAUUCGACUGAACUGGUACGACUGUCAAAUGACAUGGAACGCCACUGAGCAUGGGGGCAUCUCACAACUUAUCCUCCCCUUUGAAAAAGUUUGGACACCGGAUAUAACGCUAUAUGACAAUGCCGGGGAAGAACUUGUCGGACUCAAGGACUACCGCCCUGUCAUCAACUCAGACGGUUCUGCCUCCUACAACUUCCCAACAAUUAUUACAAGCCUCUGCAAAGUCGACGUCACUCACUUCCCCUUCGACACUCAAACAUGUGAGCUCAAGUUUGGUUCCUGGGCCUACCACGGACUCCAGAUCAACUCCACCGCUAGGAGCAGCUCAGGGGACAUGUCCAGCUUCAAAGUCAACACCGAGUGGGACCUGGUCAGUGUUCCAAUGGAACGACAUGUACUGUACUACGGUUGCUGUCCAGAGCCUUACCCUGACGUGACGUUCUACGUCAACCUACGCCGCAAGCCGUUCUUCUACGUAGUCAACCUACUGUUCCCUUGCAUACUGAUCACAGCUGUGGGCCUACUUGGCUUCCUGUUGCCUCCAGACGCUGGGGAGAAGGUGGCACUGGAGAUCACCGUGUUGCUGUCGCUGGCGGUGUUCAUGGUGGUCGUGUCUGACACAUUACCGCCAACGUCGGAAACAUUCCCUUAUCUAGGAAUCUACUUCUGUCUGGCUAUGAUGUUGGUCACCUUCUCCACGGUCCUCACGGUGAUCGUGCUAAACGUUCACUUCAAAGGUCAACAUGGUAUCGGCGUGCCUCGAUGGGUGAGGAGUCUGUUUCUCGGGACGUUCGCACGCCUUCUCUGCGUGAGGACAGAAAUGCCAGGCCACCCCGACAAGGAGAUUACGAAACUUUUUAAAACGAUAAGCCAAAACAACUUAAAGCACAACAACUCUCAAGUCAGUUUAGACCACAACCAGCAGCAGCAGCAGCCAUGUGCCUUGAGCAAAGUGAUGGAGGAGCAACUGGUGGUCCUGAAGGAGAUCAACAGUCGGUACGCCCAGAAGGAUGAAGUAGCAUCUACUGAGGAGGAAUGGAAGAAAGUGGCAAUUGUGAUGGACAGAUUGUUCCUCGUGUUGUUCUUCCUUUUAUGCUCCAUGGCUUGGCUGUGA